GGAAGGGAGGCAGCUGUCCCGGAAGCUCCUGGCAGCAGAGCAGGUGUUCGCUGUCCGGACCUGGCUGGGGGACCUGGCUGGGAGAUCCGGCAGCAACAUGAGUCCUACCCUGGCUGUUCCCACCCCAUAUGGCUGUAUUGGCUGUAAGCUGCCGCAGCCAGACUACCCACCGGCUGUAAUUACCUUUAUGUUCUGUUCAAUGGUUAUCAUCAUCGUCGUAGACCUGAUCGGCAACUCCAUGGUCAUUUUGGCUGUGACGAAGAACAAGAAGCUCCGAAAUUCCGGCAACAUCUUUGUGGUUAGCCUCUCUGUGGCCGAUAUGCUGGUGGCCUUCUACCCCUACCCACUGAUGCUGCACGCCAUGGCCAUUGGGGGCUGGGAUCUGAGCCAGUUCCAGUGCCAGAUGGUUGGAUUCAUCACAGGGCUGAGUGUGGUCGGCUCUAUCUUCAAUAUUGUGGCAAUUGCCAUCAACCGUUACUGCUACAUCUGUCACAGCCUGCAGUAUGAGCGGGUCUUCAGUGUGCGCAAUACCUGCAUUUACCUGGUAGUCACCUGGAUCAUGACCAUCCUGGCUGUCCUGCCCAACAUGUACAUUGGCACCAUCGAGUAUGAUCCUCGCACCUACACCUGCAUCUUCAACUAUCUGAACAACCCUGUCUUUGCUGUGACCAUCGUCUGCAUCCACUUCGUCCUUCCUCUGCUCAUAGUGGGUUUCUGCUACGUGAGAAUCUGGACCAAAGUGCUGGCAGCCCGUCACCUGGCUGGGCAGAAUCCUGACAAUGAGCUUGCUGAGGUUCGCAAUUUUCUAACCAUGUUUGUCAUCUUCCUCCUCUUUGCAGUGUGCUGGUGCCCUAUCAACGUGCUCACUGUCUUGGUGGCUGUCAGUCCGAAGGAGAUGGCAGGCAAGAUCCCCAGCUGGCUUUAUCUCGCAGCCUACUUCACAGCCUACUUCAACAGCUGCCUCAACGCUGUGAUCUAUGGGCUCCUCAAUGAGAAUUUCCGAAGAGAAUACUGGACCACCUUCCAUGCUAUGCGGCACCCUAUCCAGUUCAUCUCUGGCCUCAUCACUGAUGUUCGUGAGACUCGGGAGGCCCAUGCCCUGGCCCGUGCCCGUGCCCAUGCCCGUGACCAAGCCCGAGAACAAGCCCAUGAACAAGACCGUGUCCAUGCGAGUCCUGCUGUGGAGGAAAUUCCAAUGAAUGUCCGGAAUGUUCCACUACCUGGUCAUGCUGCAGCUGCGUCUGACUAUCCUAAGUCAUCCUCUGGCCACUCCAGGUCUGCCUCUGCCCACUGCAAAUCUGCCUCUGGCCACCAUAAGUCAGUCUUUAGCCACUCCAAGCCUGCCUCUGGCCACCCCAAGCCUGCCUCUGGCCACCCCAAGCCUGCCUCUGGUCACUCCAAGUCUGCCACUGUCAACCCUAAGUCUGCCUCUGUCUACUUCAAGGCUGACUCUGUCCAUUUCAAGCCUGCCUCUGUCCAUUUCAAGGCUGACUCUGCCCAUUUCCAGCCUGUCUCCAACCACCCUAAGCCUGUCACUGGCCACCACAUCCCUGCUGGCAGCCACUCCAAGACUGCCUUCAGCCCUGCCACCAGCUGCUCUAAACCCACCACUGGCCACACUAAACUUGCUACCAGCCAGCCUGAGCCCACCACUGCUGACUAUCCUGAGCCUGCUGCCACCAGCCACUCCAAGCCUGCCAUCACCAGCCACUCCGAGCCUGCCAUCACCAGCCACUCCGAGCCUGCCGCUGCUGGCCACCCUGAACUUUCUGCCUCCUGCCACCCUGAGACCACCGCUGCUGGCCACCUUGAGUGUGACAUCACUGACCUCCCUGAGUCUGCCUCCAGCUCUGCCCCUGGGUCCCCAGAGCCUGCCACCAGCCCACUAGAGCUUGCCGCUGCCACUGACCUUCUUGACCCCACUGUGGUCACCACUGCCACCAAUGGUUACCGUGGGGCUGGGGUUAUUGAUGCUGAAGCUGAUUCUGAUGAAAUGGCCUUGUGAGAAAUGCUCUUGGGGUGGCCAAGCACUGGCCCACUUUCGAGUUUGUUCGGCAUAUGUAAUCCAAAGUGAGAUACCUUACUGCAUCUACACACAGACAGACACAUGCAGAUAUUGACUCACAGACACAGUGUAAGCUACAUCCACCUUUCAGGUGUACUCCUCCUUUACAUAGCAUACUGUGAAAAAGUGUGUGUGUGCGCGUGUGUGCUUGCUAUUUUAGAAACCAAAUUUCCCUAAAGUUUGACAUCUGUUGUUCUGAACCUCCCUUUCUUCCUAUGGUUGACCUUGAGCCCACAGUAAUCCCUGAAAUUGUAGACUUUUUGAUUUUCUCCUCUCCCGUGUCCCCCUUUCUCCCUCUGCUCAUUUCCUCCUCCUGGUACCUGCUUUCUUCUCCCAUUCCCCGGGGAGUGGGGGAGCAGUGCAUGCGCAGUGGCAAAGGCUUCUGUAAAGUCAAUGUGACUGCAGAGCUUUAUGUUUCAAGUGUGUAACCCUCUGCUGUACUUUUAAUGGCAGUCUGAAAGGCAAUUGCAAUAAAGUGCAAGUACUUGAAACAGUUUCUUUUCUAAAUUCCAGCAACAAAAUAUUACUCAUAUCUGAAGAACACAAUUUGAUAAGCUCUUAUUAAAAUCAAUUUUAUGCCUAUGAGAUCAAAUGGCAAAAGGAAAGAUAUGGCCACACUAAAUUAUUUCUAUUUUGUGAACAAACAUUGGUGCUGGUUUUUAUAGUCAAACAUGAAUGCAAAUGGUGAGAUGUUUUUACCUUAUUUGUAGUCACUUACCUCUUUUAGUGUUUGCCAAGAUUUUCUUUCAUUUAGUUCCAGAGAAACAAAUCCAUUCAUAAACUAGUUUCUUCUAAAAUCCAAAUUUAUUGUUGCUAGGAUCAAUUAUAGACAUUUUUUAAUAUUACAAUUCAUAACUACUCUUUACCUCAGAGAUUUUUUUAAACAGCCUGAUGCUUUUACACAAUCAGUUUUUACAUCUUUCUUUUUCAUUCAGAAGGGAAUUCGAGGUAAUAACUGGUAGGCAGAAGUGAACGAAGCACUGCCGUGGAGGGUGUAAAUGAGUUUUGCUCCAAAAGCCUUUCUCUCCUGCCUUGUUCCUCUGGGUCUCCCAGCGGGGGAGGGAGGCUGGGAGGAAGAGAUGCCAACAGCAGCCAAUCCCACCAGCCGUGACUGAGGUUCAGUGAUCCACAAUGUUAAGUCGUAGACGUCUUAUAUCAGCACACUUGACAGCCCAGGAAAUGAUUUUUCUCCAGAAUUCAAUGAAAAGUUCUCGUUUAAUAAAAAUUUCCAUUAUUGACUCAAAUUGACACUUAAAGCAAAGUUUACUGUGCAAAUGCUUGUGAGGAUAAGUGGAAAUGUAUUAUUCUGCCUUAAUUCGAUUCUGUAUUUGUGGUAGCAAUUAAAUAAAAGUGUU